AGUGCCCCAGACGGCGGUCGGUCAUCCUCAAAUUCUGCCUGCAAGGCCUGAAAAUGUACAGCACAGAGGGAGAGGUGCUGCUUAUGGCCCAUGCCCUGAAGCGCAUCCUCUACAGCACGUGGGCACCCGCCGAAUGCCAGUUUGCCUUUGUGGCUCGCAAUCCAUCCGGCCCUCCCGGGAAACUCUUCUGCCAUUUGUUUGUGGGCAGCGAACCCAGCGAGGUACAGACGCUGCAUUUGCUGCUCUGCCGCUCCUUCCAGCUCUAUUACCUGUUGCUGCACCCCGAGGAGCAGGACUGGGCCCCCAGUGGCCCUGCCCCAAGGGAGCCAGGAGGGCUGCCGGGAGCCAUCUCUCCAGAGAGCCGGGUGGUGUGGGAGUCUCUCAGCCCGGAGGAGGUGUCGCAGAAUGUCAACGCCCUGGUGUCGUUCCGGAGGCUGCCCUGCCCGGCUGACUUUGGCUCCUCCGUCAGUGUGAGAGAGAGGCUGGAUCUGGAGGGAAGAAGCAGCCGGGGUGGCCCUCGGCCUGGGAACCCCUACUGCUCCCCCAUCCUGGUGCGCAAGAAGGCCAUCCGCAGCAAAGUCCUCCGCUCCGGAGCCUAUCGGGGCUGCACCUUUGAAGCUCAGUUGCAGCAGAGCGCUCGGGAAAUGUUUCACACCAGCUGCGAUGGCAAGGCAAGCAGAGGCAGCCUGGCUUACUUGCCUGACAGCGAGAGCAGCUUGAUGGAAAACGUUUGGUCUUUUGCUGGGAUUGACAGGGAUGCUGGACUGGCUUUGCUCAGGAAUGACGUUCUGGGAGCCUUCCUUCUUUGGGCAGAGCCCGGUUCCUCCCAUCAGUGGUGUCUUAUGGUGAGGACGCGGUGUGGAGUCAUUCCUUACCAGAUUUACAGGAGCCAGCUUGGGAAGUAUUCCGUUGAGCACUUGAAUGUGGAGUUCCCCAGUAUGGAAGCACUGCUGGAUCACUACUCUGGAAUUAAAGGGGGCCUGUUCUGCUCCUUGGCUGCAGGCCGGGCAAACCAUUGUUACGAGGAGCAAGAUUACUUAGCCGAGAACGGGUGGAGAGGAGAGCAGAGUCGCCGGCAGGCUUCGUGGUUGUACGGUGGCAGUAGAUCUCUGGCUGUCCAGCCGGAACUAGGUUAACACUU